GAAUAACAUGAGUCAGUACUUAAUUAUUAUAUUAAUAAUUUUGUUAUAUAUUUUUUAUAAAUAUUUAACUAAAAAUUAUGGUUAUUGGAAAUUACGUGGUAUACCAGAAGCCACUGGUGCUAUUCCAAUAUUUGGACAUUUUAAAGAUGUUAUAUUAAUGAAAAAAAAUAUGGGUCCAUUUCUUGAAGAUAUUGAUAAAGAACAUCGUGAUAAAAGUAUGGUUGGAAUUUAUGAAUUUCGUCAACCAGUGUUAAUUAUUAGAGAUACAAAUCUUAUUAAAUUUAUAUUACAAACUGGAUUUAAUAGUUUUAGUGAACAUCCAACACUUGAUGAAAUAUUAGAUCCAUUAUUUUCAAAAGAUCCAUUUUUUGAAAAUAAUCAACAAUGGAAAGAAUCACGUGGUUUUUUUACAAAUGCAUUUUCUGGUAAAAAAAUUAAAGAACUAGUACCAAUUAUCAAUGAUAUAUGUAAAAAAUUUAUAAAUUAUAUGGAUAAAAAAAUAUCGAUAAAUAAUACAAGUGGUGAUAUUGAAGUUAAAAAUUUAUUUUCAAAAUUUACUGCUGCUGUAUCAGGUAGUACAAUUCUUGGUAUUGAUGCUGAAACAUUUGUUGAUAAUGAUUCACCAGAUUCAUUGAGAUCAAUGAUGGAUGGUAUAUUUCUUCCAAAAUCAUUAAGUAUCCGACAAAUAUUAGUAUUUUUUGCACCAGGUAUUGGUAAAUUAUUUGGCAUUGGUUUUGUGCCAAAUUGGAUUAACAAAGGUUUUCAACAAAUUGUUGAUAAUAUUGUAUUAUUUAGAAAAAAUAAUUCAACAUCUAGAAAUGAUAUAUUACAAUUAAUAAUUGAUAAUUUAAAUAAGGAAAAAAAAUCAGAUAAAACAGCAGCUGCACACUGUUUUGGUUUUUUUGUUGAAAUAUAUGAAACGUCAAGUAUUGCAUUAAGUACAAUGUCAUAUUUUCUUGCAAAAUAUCCAGAAAUUCAAGAUAAAGCUAGAAAUGAAAUUAAUAAUAUUAUAAAUAAUUAUAAUGGUGAAUUAACAUAUGAAGCAUUAAAUGACAUGACGUAUUUAGAACAAAUUGCAAAAGAAGCAUUGAGAAUUGUACCACCUGGUGGAAGAUUAAUUAAAAAUUGUACUGAGCCAGUAACUCUUGAAGGAUCAGAUGGUCUUGUUUGUCAUUUAAAUACAGGUGAUCAAGUUGUAAUUCCAGUUUAUGCAUUACAUAAAAAUCCUGAGCAUUGGGAAAAUCCAGAUAAUUUUUAUCCAGAAAGAUUUGACAAAAGUCAAGAUAAAGAACGUAAACGUUAUACAUUUUUACCAUUUGGUGAAGGUCCACGUAUGUGUCCUGGUAUAAGAUUUGCAAUUAUACAAAUUAAAGCAGUUAUGGCAAGUUUAUUAUUAAAUUAUAUAUUUGAAUCAUCAAGUAAAAUGUUGGAACCAAUACAAAUGGAUCCAAAACAUUUUUUAUCAACAGUAAAAGGUGGAUAUUGGAUUAAAAUACGUCGUCUUAAUCAUGAUGAUGAUAAUAAUAAUUAUUUCAGUUAUUUAAGUGAUCACAGUGAACUUGAUAAAAAUUUAGAUCCACUUUUAAGUUAUGAUCCAUUUUUUUCAAAUGAUAAAGAUUGGAAAAAUGAUCGUUCAAUUUUUACAAAUUCAUUUACUGCUAGUGUGUCAACAAGUGUUAUUCUUGGUAUUGAUGGACAACUAUUUGUUGAUAAAGAUUUACCAGAUUCAUUUAAAUCAAUGAUGGAUACAUUAUUUAUUCCAAGUAAAUUACGUACACUUCAAAAAAAUAAUAUGAUUAUUAAAAAUGAUAUUUUACAAUGUAUUAUUGAUCAAAUUAAAGAACAAAAUAUGCCUGAUAAAUUAGCAGCUGCAUAUGCAUUUGGAUUUUUCAUUGAAAUUUAUGAAACAUCAAGCUUAACAUUGAGUGCAAUGACAUAUUUUAUUGCUAAAAAUUAUGACAUUCAAAUGAAACUUAAAAAUGAAAUUAAUAAUGUAUUUAAUAAAUAUGGAGAAUUUACAUAUAAAGCACUCAAUGAAAUGAAUUAUUUUGAUAAAGUUUUAAAAGAGUCACAUAGAUUACUUCCACCAGCUGGUAAAAUGUUAAAAAUUUGUACUAAAUCUAUUAAAUUAGAAGGACAAGAUGGUUUAGUAUGUAAUUUAAAAAAAGGUGACAAAAUACUUAUUCCAAUUUAUGCUAUUCAUAGAAAUCCAGAGUACUGGAAAAAUCCUGAUGAAUUUAUUCCAGAAAGAUUUGAAAAAACCAAUGACAUACAUCGCUAUUCAUAUUUACCAUUUGGUGCAGGUCCACGUAUGUGUCCUGGACAAAGAUUUGCAGUACUACAAAUUAAAAUAGUUAUGUCAAUAAUUUUGAAAAAUUAUACACUCGAGCUUUCUUCAAAAAUGAUUGAUCCAAUACAAAUUGAUCCAAGAUAUUUUUUAACAACAAUUAAAGAUGGCUAUUGGAUCAAAAUAAAAUGUGAAAAAUAUUAGAUAAAAAUAUAAUAGCAAUAAGUCUAAUCUAUUUUGCAAUUUGUUUUUUAUUUUUUUUUCUUUAUCAAAUAUAAACAUUGAUUUAGCUGUCUUGAUUCAAGCUAUUAUCUUUAUUUUAUCUUUAAUAUGUCUGA